AUGCUUAACUUUGAAGACGUAGAGGACCGGGAUGGCGUCCGUCUGUCGUGGAACGUAUGGCCAUCUUCCCGAAUCGAAGCAACGAGGACAGUCGUUCCGAUAUCAGCCCUAUACACACCACUUAAACAACGAGAGGACUUGCCACCAGUGUUGUACGAGCCAGUGACGUGCAAGCCGCCGUGUCGGGCCAUUCUCAACCCUUACUGUCAAAUCGAUAUAAGAGGAAAACUGUGGAUUUGUCCCUUCUGCUUGUCCCGGAAUGCUUUCCCCCCACACUACAAAGAUAUCUCCAACACUAACUUGCCUGCUGAGUUGCUUCCCAAAUACACCACCAUCGAAUACACUCUUUCGCGUCCUGCCCAGGUGCCCCCGAUCUUCCUCCUCGUGGUCGAUACUUGCUUGGAUGAGGAAGACCUCAAGGCGCUUCGCAAGGCCAUUACUGUCAGUCUCAGUCAUAUCCCACCGUACGCCCUCGUUGGGCUUAUCACUUUUGGUACCAUGACUCAAGUCCACGAACUCGGUUAUGCCGAAUGCAGUAAAUCAUAUGUCUUCCGUGGUGGCAAGGAAUAUGCUCCAAAACAAAUCCAGGACAUGCUUGGCUUGAGCACACCUGCUCGUGCUGCCCCUCGUCCUGGUCAACCCAUGCCCCAGCAAGCAUUUGGCGCCGCCCGAUUUUUACUUCCGUUGCAACAGGUGGAGUUCCAGCUCACCGGAGUACUCGAGUCCCUCCAACGUGAUCCUUGGCCCGUCGCAAAUGACAAGCGUCCAGUGCGGUGUACCGGCGUUGCUUUGAGUGUUGCGGUCGGAUUGCUGGAGACGACAUAUCCCAAUACGGGCGCUCGCAUCAUGCUGUUUGCUGGUGGUCCGGCUACCGAGGGUCCAGGGAUGGUGGUGAGCAACGAGUUGAAAGAGCCUAUUCGCUCCCACCACGACAUCGAACGUGACAGCGUCAAACACUACAAGCGUGCUGUGAAGUUCUAUGAAGGCCUCGCGAAACGGGCCUCUAAUAACGGACAUGUAGUCGACCUCUUUGCCGGCUGCUUGGAUCAAGUGGGAUUACUGGAGAUGAAAUCCCUACCAAACUCCACAAACGGCGUUAUCGUCUUAUCCGAUUCCUUCGCGACGUCCAUCUUCCAGCAAAGUUUCCUUCGUAUUUUUAACAAGGAUGACCAGGACUUUUUGGAAAUGGGCUUCAAUGCUACGUUUGACGUACAGACAACCAAGGAGCUGAGAGUCUCUGGACUUAUUGGGCAUGCUAUCUCCGCUGGAAAGAAGUCUGCUUGUGUUGGAGAGACCGAAAUUGGUAUCGGGCAAACCUCUGCAUGGAGGCUGAAUUCUAUCACUCCGCGAACAUCGGCAGCUGUGUACUUCGAAGUGGUUACUCCGGCCGGGCAAGCUCUUCAGCCGGGCUCCCGGGGUUUGAUUCAGUUCGUAACGCACUAUCAGCAUUCUUCCGGACAGCAGCGCCUGCGGGUCACGACUAUUGCGCGGAACUUUGCGGAGGCAGGGUCUCCGAGCAUUGCAGCUUCGUUCGAUCAGGAAGCCGCGGCUGUCUUGAUGGCAAGAAUAGCAGUGUUUAAGGCUGAGAUCGAUGAUUCUCCCGAUGUACUGCGUUGGUUGGAUCGCAUGUUGAUCCGGCUUUGCCAGAAGUUCGCUGAUUACCGAAAGGAAGACCCGGCAAGCUUUAGACUGUCGGAUAACUUUAGCAUUUACCCGCAGUUCAUGUUCCAUCUUCGGAGGAGUCAGUUUUUGCAGGUGUUCAACAACAGCCCGGACGAGACAGCUUUCUAUAGACAUAUCCUUAAUGAAGAAGACGUGAACAACUCACUGAUUAUGAUUCAGCCUACCCUUAUGUCAUAUACUUUCGACGUUCCACCGCAGCCGGUGUUACUCGAUAGCGUUUCCAUCAAGCCGGACGUCAUCCUUCUCUUGGAUACGUUUUUCCAUAUCCUUAUUUUCCACGGAGAAACGAUUGCCCAGUGGAGGAAAUCAGGAUACCAAGAUCAAGAGGGCUACGAGAAUUUCAAGGAACUCCUAGAAGCACCUGUUACUGAUGCACAGGAUCUCCUCGUUGAUCGCUUCCCGAUCCCGCGGUACAUCGUCUGUGAUCAGGGUGGCAGUCAGGCUCGUUUCCUCUUGUCGAAGCUUAACCCUUCUACCACGCAUAUGACGACGUCGAUGUAUGGCACAGCGGCAGGCACUGGCACUGGCCCUGCGAUCUUCACAGACGAUGUCAGCCUGCAAGUAUUCAUGGAACACCUCAAACGUCUCGCCGUGGGGGCACAGACGAACUGA